CGACGAAGAAGAAGUGGCCUCAGCAGCAAUAGCGUUAGCAUUGUUUUGCCGGUGUGGUCGUGUUUUCGUUUAACUUCUGCUCCUGUUCUUCGGUAUUAAGGAUAACUCAACAAGUUAUAAGUUUACAACCUGAAUAAGGCUAGAAGUGCUCUCAAGAGUGUUUUAAUCGAAGAAGCCGCCCUGCGUACAUCCGCAGCUGAUUAGCGACUAUGGAUAGUGAAAUGUCAGAUAUGGACCAAGUGCCAGCAAUGGACAACAGCAGUGCAGAAGAUGAGAAGGCACCACUGUACUGCAUCUGUAGGAAACCAGACAUCAACUGUUUCAUGAUUGGCUGUGAUAACUGUAACGAAUGGUUCCAUGGACAUUGCAUAAAUGUGACUGAGAAGAUGGCCAAGGGGAUUAGAGAGUGGUAUUGCCGGCAGUGUCAGGAAAUGGAUCCCUCCCUUGAAGUGAAAUACCGGAUAAAAAAAUCACGUGAGAAAGAAAUGGAACCAGAGAGAACUGAAAAACGAUCAAGUACUCCAGACUUCAAACUGGAUAAACGCCGUGGAUCUAAAGUGAAACGUUCUGCACGCAUGUGUGGCGAGUGUGAACCCUGCAGACGUACUGAAGACUGUGCGCAGUGUGACUUCUGCAAGGACAUGAAAAAAUUUGGGGGCCCAAACAAAAUCCGGCAAAAAUGUCGACAGCGACAGUGUGUAGUUCGUGCAAGGAAAAUGCUGCGUGUCAGAGAUGAGGAGUUUUCCUUGCACGAAAGAACCGAAAAUAGGAUGCACAGAGACAGACGAUAUUCAGAUGACUAUAAUGAUAGUGAGGUUGAGCUGUACUCACGAUACAAGGACCAGAACAUGCCAUGGAGCAGGGAGGAGAAGGAAAGUCCAGUUUACAGCUCUGGCCAGUGCAAGAAAGCUAUAAAAGUCAAACAUGUUAAGCAUCGAGAGAAGAAAUUUGACAAAAAGAAGGAGGCUCGUAGGCAUAAGCAGAAACAGAAGCAUAAAGACCGUGUGAGGCACAGUGACAGAAGUGAUGUUCAUUACACUGGAGGCUUGCACCAGUGCUUGGGCCCUACCUGUACUGAAAUGGCACGUCCCAACUCAAAAUACUGUUCAGAAGAAUGUGGCAUGAAGCUCGCAGCCAACCGGAUUUACGAGAUCCUUCCACAGCGUAUACAGCAGUGGCAACAGAGUCCGUGCAUCGCUGAGGAGAUGGGCAGGAAACAACUGGAGCGAAUUCGUAAGGAACAGCAGGCUGCUCGCAUGCGUCUCACUGAAAUGGAGCGACGCUUUCAUGAGCUGGAAGGAAUCAUUGCUAAAGCCAAGCAGCACGUUGUUCAGCAAGAUGAAGAUGUAAAUGAAACUGAGAGUGAAGACAUGGAUCUUCAAAUCUUUUGCAUAUCUUGCAGUCACCCCAUCAACCCUAAAGUGGCAAUGAGACACAUGGAGAGGUGUUACGCUAAGUAUGAAAGCCAGACGUCGUUUGGCUCAAUUUUCCCUACACGAAUAGAGGGGGCGACAAGACUCUUUUGUGAUGUGUAUAACCCUCAGAGUAAAACGUACUGCAAGAGGCUUCAGGUGUUGUGUCCAGAACAUUCCAGAGACCCUAAGGUGCCAGUAGAUGAAGUGUGUGGAUGUCCUCUAGUGCGUAAUGUCUUUGAGCCAACAGGAGAGUACUGCAGAAUGUCGAAGCGCAAAUGCAACAGACACUACUGCUGGGAGAAACUCAGACGAGCAGAAGUAGACCUUGAGCGUGUGCGAGUGUGGUACAAGUUGGAUGAGCUGUUUGAACAGGAACGUAACGUAAGAACAGCGAUGACUAACCGAGCGGGACUGUUGGCCCUCAUGUUGCACCAAACAAUACAGCAUGAUCCUCUGACCACCGAUUUACGCAGCAACAAGGACAGAUAGUGAUGCGCCAUGUUACACCUUCUCUUUAACCUUUGUAUUCUUAUUGAUAAAAUUUAUUUUGUGUUGUGUAUUCAUUUCCUCUUGUGGGUGGAAUUGUUUGGACAAAACGUUGUAGGUCUCACUUGUCUUCUGUACAAAUACAAAUUUGCUUAAAAUUAUCUAAAUUUC